AAAAAAGUCUUGGAUAAUUUAACUUUUUUUUUGUUUUUGAACCGACAUUUUCUUCAUGUUUUCACAGCGUAAAGUUGUUAAACUAUAGUAGUAUUUAAUGUUGCAAGGAUCUGUUGUUACUUUUCAGCGUUUAUUUGAGUGACAUUGUGGGGAAUUUGUAACCUUGGUGUGGGGGAUGGGCGCCUAGUGGUUAGGUAACCAUUUUGUGUGGUUGUUGAAUUUGUAGAUAAUGUCGGUCGCUUUAAAAUAUCUUGCAAAAAGCUACUUUUUUGUGAUUGUGUUUUAAAGUUUUGGUUUGAGCCGUUUUGUAAACUUACAAAACUAGGGCGUGGCAUUUACAAUUUCGAACCUAUGAUUAGUUUUCGUUUCGAUUUUUUAAUAUUGUAAUUUUGAUAAUAGUCAGUGUGAUCGUCUUAUUAAUUUGAUUUAGUUAAAACAGCAUUUACUUUGAGUAAAAGUAGUAUUAAGGUCAACGAGGGAAAACUGCUGUGUCAUUCAGUGGACAGUUGGUAGUCUUUAUGACUCAGUCUGGGUGUGGUCUUUUUUAUAUUAUUCGUAUGACUAAAUAGACUUUAGCCUUCUCGUUACACAUACUUUUGGUAUUGUAAAUUUGGGCGUUAAAGUACUUCUUUGGUGUUUGAUCUAUGGAGGCCUUGUUUGUCUUUGUGCACCCAAGUGGUGGCCUUUUUUCCUGCAGAAGAUAAUCUCCGAUUAUCGCAGUUGUGUUUGUACGCGAAACAUAUAGUGUUUUGUGUGUUUUACUUGAUGUUUUCGCUCACAUUUUGUUAAUAUUUACGUUAUAAUAGUCUGUGUCAUUGUGCUUAAAGAUGGCGGCUGUGUGCUUCUUCUCAAAGACAGAAAUGCGGAUAUUCUGGUAAGCGGAGGUCUCGUGGGGAGAGGCUCUUGAGGGGCGCGUGUGACCUGGUGGAAGAACCAAUAGGCUUCUUGGUAUUUACCCUGGAAGCCCGCGUUACAACCUUUUUGACCAAUCCGCGCCGUCGCUUUGCACACGUUGACGUAAUGUAACACGAGAAGGAGGAGGGUGGUUUUGGUCGCCCUCGCUUUUUGUGCAGGAUUAAAUGGAGGAGCCAGUUACAGAAAGCGUUUCUGUAUUACUGAAUAGGCUCGGCCAAUAGUAUUGUGCAAUUUCCGUGACGGACAGCGAAAACAUGCGAAUAGGUUGGCCCGAAAGUUUGUCAGUGAAGUCUCAGUAUCUAGGGGUGUGGUGACUUUGACGGACAUGUGAAGUAGCCAAUAGAAACUCAGAGGGCGUGGACAGUCUGAGGUAGUCUACCCAAUAGGGUGAGUGGGCUGUCUAUAAAAGAGCGGGUGUAGUCGCUCAGUCGCCAUUUCAACGAAGCAGAUUAAAGGAGUUCGCCGUGGCGGGGAGCGGAGAGAACUGACGAACAGAGACGGAUCCAGGUCUGAGUCUAGCUAAAAACAGAAUCCGGAUCCAUCCUGAUGGAUAUGGCUGUUAACCCGCUCCUUGACAGCUCCCUCGUCGGGGUUGACGUUGGCAUAAUGGGAGUCACAACGAUGGACCAGGGUUCUGCCACAGCUGGGAAACGUAUCAGAAAACCUUCACUGCUUUACGAGGGCUUUGAGAGUCCUGGGAUGCCCCCUCUCAGUCUUAUGGCCCCUUUGGGACCCCCACAGCCCCCGGUGAAAGACCCCAACCGACAGGGGAGGAUGACCAACCAACUUCAGUUUCUACAGAAAGUUCUGCUCAAAUCUUUGUGGAGACAUCACUUUGCCUGGCCCUUCCAUGAACCUGUAGAUGCGGUCAAGCUCAACCUACCUGACUAUCAUAAGAUCAUCAAAAAUCCCAUGGAUAUGGGCACCAUAAAGAAGAGACUAGAAAAUAACUACUACCGCAGUGCCAGUGAGUGCAUGCAGGACUUCAACACCAUGUUUACCAACUGCUACAUUUAUAACAAGCCUACAGAUGAUAUAGUACUGAUGGCUCAGUCUCUGGAGAAGGCUUUCCUGCAGAAAGUGGCUCAGAUGCCCCAGGAGGAACAAGAGCUGCCUCCUCCUCCUCCCCGAAUCAAACAAAGCAAAACUGGCAGGAAAGGCAGAGUCUCUGGAGGAGUGACAACAGCUCAUCAGGUCCCAGCUGUUUCCCAGUCAGCGUACUCACCUCCCACCCCAGAAACACCUGACUCCAUCCUCUCCACCCCCCCACAGACACACUUAACCAAGAGCCUGCCCCCCAUCCUUACAUCUGAGCAAAGCAUCCCUACCAUUACUGGUCUGCCUCCCACACAGCCCACCGCUAAGAAAAAAGGUGUGAAGAGGAAAGCAGACACAACCACCCCAACCACUGUCGCUAUGCCCAUCAUGAGCACCAUGGGCGUCAGCGGCAUCAGCCUGGGGAUGGGCGGUGGGCACGACUCCCCACUCACCCUCACUUCUCUGGGAGUGGACCACAACUCCAGCCUGGGGAUGAACCAAGGCCUUAGCCUCAGCCAGGGCAUGAACAUGGGGAUGGGUAUGGGCAUGGGGAUGGGGAUGGGAAUGGGGAUGGGUAUGGGGAUGGGCUGUGGACCAGUGAUGAUGAGCUCUAAAGCAGGAUCUGGGGGGAGGAGAGGAGUAAGUGGACGAGCCAUCAAGCCUCCCAAGAAGGACUUACCAGAUUCUAUGGCGCCGCCGCCGGUGCGCCGCAGCAAGCUGAGCCCCCAGCUGCGCUACUGCAGUGGGGUCCUGAAGGAGCUGCUGUCAAAGAAGCACGCAGCAUAUGCAUGGCCGUUCUACAAGCCUGUCGAUGCCUCGUCACUUGGUCUUCACGACUAUCACGACAUCAUUAAGCAGCCCAUGGACCUCAGCACCAUUAAGCGGAAGAUGGACAGCAGAGAGUAUCGCGACGCCCAGCAGUUUUCUGCUGAUGUUAGACUGAUGUUCUCAAACUGCUACAAGUAUAACCCCCCUGAUCAUGAUGUGGUGGGCAUGGCCAGAAAAUUGCAGGAUGUCUUUGAGUUCUGCUUUGCUAAGAUGCCAGACGAGCCUCCAGCACCCCCCAGCUCCUCAUCUUCGUCCUCCUCCUCUUCAUCGUCAUCUGAGAGUGAGCUCAGCAGCGAAAGUGAGGAGAGCGAGAGCAGCCCCAGCUCUGACUCAGAGGAGGAGAGGGCAAACCGGCUGGCAGAGCUGCAGGAACAGCUCAAAGCCGUACACGAGCAGCUCACUGCUCUCUCACAGGGCCCCAUCGUCAAACCCAAGAAAAAGAAAGAGAAGAAGGACAAGAAAAAGAAGAAAAAGGUUGAAAAAGAGAAGCAUCGGAAGAUAGAGGAAGAGAUAACACCUAUUAGACCACCCAAGACCCCCAAGAUCACAAAGACUCCAAAACCCAAGAGCAACCGAGGGACAACUGGUCCUGUAAUGCCGGUCAAGAAGGCACCAAGCAAGAAAAACAACAAGAGCAAAACCAAAAAGGGUGGCAUGACUUUUAGCAUGCCUCAUCCGGUUCACGAUCCCAUAGUGAGUCAUUUCGACUCGGACGAGGAGGAGGAGACGGCGCCCAUGUCAUACGAUGAAAAGCGUCAACUGAGCCUUGACAUCAACAAGCUGCCUGGUGAGAAGCUGGGCCGCGUUGUUUACAUCAUCCAGUCCCGUGAGCCCUCGCUCCGAGACACCAACCCAGAGGAGAUCGAAAUAGACUUUGAGACCCUGAAGCCAUCAACGCUGCGGGAGCUGGAGAGAUACGUCAUGACUUGUCUGAGGAAGAAACCUCGAAAGCCAUACGCAAGCAAAAACAACAUUGCUGGCAAGUCUCGGGAAGAGCUCGCUCUGGAGAAACAAAUGGAGCUGGAGAGACGACUGAUGGACGUCAGUGGACAGCUCAACUCUGGAAAGAAGCCCGCCAAGACCAAACCAGAGAAACCUGCAACGGAGCAGCACACCCAGCCAUCACGUCUCAGCGCCAGCAGCUCCUCCUCAGACUCCUCUUCGUCAUCCUCGUCAUCCUCAUCCUCAGACACAAGCGACUCAGACUCUGGCUGAGAGGCCGAGGGUUUCAGUAUGAAAGGGUCACGUGAGGGGACCCUGGGUGUUUUGCUGCCCACCAAGUGGACUGAACUGCAGUAGAGCUACUGACGAUGGAGCCGCGGGACGGAUCAGACGAGACCAGGCAGAACUGGUCCGACUCGACAAGUGUCAAACCAAGAAAGAGAGAGAGAGAUGGGGCUUCCUCUGCGCUCUGCUCACUCAUCCAACCCGGCCCUGGACACAGAACAGUAGAUGGAUAGAGACUCAUUGUGAAGUCCUGCCGUUCUCUGGAGAACUGGCCUCGCUGGGCAGAGCGAGGGAUGCUCCAUCUCCCGCAAAAAAAAAGAAGAGCGACGCAUGCGUUGGAGGGAUAAGGGUGCUAGAGCCAGAAUCUGUCUUAUUUCUGGAGAUAAUUUCCCUUCUUCUUGUGCUCCCUGUCUUUAUGCUGUAUAGAUAAGGUGUACAGUUAUAUAAAUAUCUAUUUUUCUUUUAUAAAGAAGCAUUUUAUGGAGCUAAUUUAUUCCCUCAUUCUGGGGAAGAUGAACUGGUGCGGGAGGAGUUGUGUUUUAGGUUUUGUUUAGUUUUUUUUUCUUGAGUGACAAAGAGGUUAGAGGGGAAACACGUGUGUAUGUGUGUGUGUUUGUGAGUGUAUGAAUGUGUCACGUAUGUGUUUGCACGUGCGAGUGUGAGAUCCUCAUAGUUUUGACGCAGGCGUUGAAAAUCAGUCUGCACGCAGAAGCACCUUGGUUCAGUAGAAUACAGAAUGCAUGCAAUACAGAGGAGCUGACAAACAUCCGCAUACUCAUGUACUACUUUACUGCAUCCUUGCGUACUCAUGUACUUGUUUGAAAGGGUUGGCCACUGUACAGAAAUGUGACAUAGUUACACGUCAGUUUAUACAUCCAUAUAUUUGUUCCCAUGUGUGCUGUCUUUUUUUUUUUCAUCCAUUUCAAUUUCUCUGUAAACAUGUUGCUUUUUUUCUUCUUGUGACCAAUCUGCUAAUAAAUUGUGAGGACGUGUCUUGUCCACUCACCCGUGCCCAAAUAA